UUUUUUGAAAUUUCGAUUUCUCUUCUGAAAAAAAAAAAAAAAAAAAAAAUCUGUUUAGCUUCCGAUGAACUCCAAAACCGUUAACCAGAUACCGCCGGCGAAUCCUUCUUUCGAUGACUCGUCGGAGGUCGCAAUCAACGCUGCAGUUGACUUGGAGCUCGCCGCGGCUAUAGGAGUAGGAGUAGGAGGAGGAGGAGGAGGAGGAGGAGUAAGUAACUCAAACGGCGGCGGAGGAAGGAGCAAAGCGAAGGGACCUUGGUCGGCGGAGCAGGACGCGGUUCUGACGAGGCUAGUGAAGAAGCUGGGGGCGAGGAACUGGACUCUGAUAGCCCGUGGAAUCCCAGGCCGGUCUGGGAAAUCGUGCCGGUUAAGGUGGUGCAAUCAGCUCGAUCCUUGUCUCAAACGCAAACCGUUCACCGAGGAGGAGGAGAAUCUGUUAAUGUCAGCACACGCGGUUCAUGGAAACAAAUGGUCAGUGAUUGCAAAGCUUUUACCUGGGAGAACUGAUAACGCCAUCAAGAACCACUGGAACUCUGCGCUUAAGCGUAAACACGCUGAUCUCUGGAACAGUCACCACUCCAUCUCUAAGACCGUAACUCCUCACAUUGUCAGAAAGGCAUCAUCGUCGUCCCACAAAGAAGAAACGAAUUAUCCUCAGCCUUCUACGAUAUUAACUCAUGUUAAAACGGAGGAUGAAGCAAGCAAGCCUCCGGAAGGGAAGCGUAAUGGUGUUUAUCGCCCCGUGGCGAGAAUGGGUGCUUUCAGUGUCUAUAAGCCUGGAUACAUGAACCAGAACCACCGUAUAGCUCCGUGUGAGGGACCUUUGGUUCAAGUAGCAAGACCCAACUCGUUGGCUGGUCAGUUUCUUCAGUCUCUUUGUUAUCAAACUAACGUCCCUUCGAGGUGCGGUCGUGGUUGCUGUGACCAGCAAGAAGACAAAAGACUGUCGUCGUCGUCGGUGCUGGGACCAGAGUUUGUGGAUUAUGAGGAGCCGUCUUCUGUGGGGUUAGACCAAGAGUUGGUUUCUAUAGCAACUGAUCUGAACAAUAUUGCUUGGAUAAGGAGUGGACUUAACAAUAGCUAUUCCAGAGAAGUGGGACAGAGUAUGAUGAGUGCUGCUGAUAGUCGUUUUCAUUUUGAAUAUGCUCGAGCUCGAGGGAAAUUUACUGGGAUGGUUAACAAUGGUGUGCCAAGUCAGAUGCUGAGGCAAGAUUUAAGGACUUUAAUCUAACUUUUAGAGAGAAUAUUUCUUUGUUGUAUCUGAUCGUAGAAUAUCGAAAUUUCACGGAGUAAACUUCGCACGGUGCAGUGUUGGUGUUAUGUAAUGUUUUGAUCUGAUAAAGUGCGCGAUUUCUAUGUUCCCUUUUCCAGACA